AUGCGCAGUACAACCGGGGCAGCGUCGUAAAGCAUAAUACGGUACCUACUGCGAGAAAAACGUGCGCGUGCUGUUCGUUAAGCCUGCGAAUUUGUGGAAAAUGGUUCGUAAGUUACGAUUUCACGAGCAGAAGCUCUUAAAGAAAGUCGAUUUCAUUAACUGGGAAGUGGACAACAAUCUGCACGAGGUGAAAGUGUUGCGGAAAUUCCGCAUCGAGAAGAGAGAAGACUACACCAAGUACAACAAGCUGAGCCGCAGCGUCCGAGAGCUGGCGCAGAAGAUCCGUGACCUGGACGAGAAAGAUGGGUUCCGAGCUCGGAGCACGGCGCAGCUGCUGGAGAAACUCUAUGCCGUGGGUCUGAUCCCCACCAAGCAGAGCCUGGCCCUCGCUAACAACGUCAACGCUUCAUCCUUCUGCAGGAGGCGGUUGCCGUGGGUGAUGCUGAAACUGCGCAUGGCUCAGAACAUGAAGAACGCCAUCAUGUUCAUCGAGCAGGGACAUAUCCGCGUGGGCCCUGAGAUCAUCACAGACCCUGCGUUUCUGGUCACGAGGAACAUGGAGGACUUUGUGACCUGGGUGGACUCGUCCAAGAUCAAGCAGCAUGUCAUGAAUUACAAUGAGGAGCGAGAUGACUUUGAUCUGGUGGUGUAAAGCUGCAGGUGUGAUGGCGUGAUGGUCAGCACACAGGAAGCAGGAGCUGCUCUGGUUCUGCACUCGGACCGACGACGUGGAGGACAAACGCACACAUCAUCAACACAACACUACACAUACACACACACACUCACACACACACACUCACACACACACACACAUACACACACACACACUCUCACACACACACACACUAGAUUUCACACACUGUUGUGUUGAGAGAUGAAAAUAUUUAUUUGAGAAGGAAACCUUCGUUAUUUGUGUUGUUUUUUUUUCUCCUGAACUUUUUUCAUAUAAUACUAUUAUUAUUUCAGGUUCAGCUGUUAUUGUUCAGGAGAACCUGAUGUUUGUAUAAGUGAUCUUUAUGUUCAUGCAGAAGUGCAUCAGAUGUUUAAAAAGACCACCAUGUGGUGACGGUAGUGCCUGAAAUGCCUGCUGAAAUCUCAUUGGCUGAUGGGAGUCAUGUGUUUUUAGUGUAGCAGUAGUUAAAGACUUUUGGGUUACUGUGAAGAUGAAACGGUGUCAGAUUUCACCUCUGGAUAUGGUCCUUCUGUUGCCUUUUAAGGAAAAGGGGUGGAGUUAUUCCAGCUGGAGGUGGAGCUUGUUUUAGGGCCCUAUACACACUGAUCAGGCAUAACAUUAUGACCACCUGCCUUUGAGGCAUGGACUCCACUCCAUCCCUGAAGGUGUGCUGUGGGAUCUGACACCAGGAGGUUAGCAGCAGAUCCUUAUGGAUACUUACAGGACGCAAAGGACACUUUUGAUAGAUACUGACCACUGCAGACCGGGAACACCCCACAAGAGCUGCAGUUUUGGAGAUGCUCUGAUCCAGUAGUCUAGACAUCACAAUUUGGCCCUUUUGGUCAAACUCGCUCAAAUCCUUACACUUGUCCAUUUUUCCUGCUUCUAACAUCAACUUUGAGGACAAAAUGUUGACUUGCUGCCUAAUAUAUCCCACCCACUAACAGGAGCCAUGAUGAGGUCUUAUACACUUCAGCAGUCAGUGGUCAGGGUGUGUGUUAUAGUUCCUUAUAUGAAGAAAUGAGUGAAAUGAUGUUUGGAAAUAUUAAAACUCAGUGAUUUUUGUACAGUGUCUGUUAAAUGGACAGAAACUCCAACUCAAUAAAACCAGACUCAGGAAUCAUUUUCACCCCAAACACUGAGGCUGUGGUAUCUCUGUGGUAUCUCUAUGGUAUCUCUGUGGUAUCUCUAUGGUAUCUCUGUGGUAUCCCCCCCUUCCAGAACAUUUCAUUUCCCAGACAGAACAACAUGCUGGCUCAUGAGCUACUGUAGCUACGUCAAUAUUAUCAAUAUUAUUUUAUUACAACAAGUUUAAUAUCUUUAUUGUUAUUGUUUUGAGGAAGUGUCACAUCCUGACAGGUUUAUCUUUACAGAGUUGUCUUCUAGUGCGUGAACUAAUGAAGUACUUCCGGUUGCCACGUGGACACAAAAAUUCCUCAAUCUUGCUUUAAUUUUUAUUCCACACAUCCACAUAUAUACACGGUUUUGUUUUUGUUUUUUUAAUAAAACUGUUUAUAAACCGUU